GGAGAUGUGCUUGCGUGUGGCCGGCUGCAGGAGAUCAGUGCUCCUCCCUUGCGAAAGCCCCCUGCCCCAUUUGGGAGGAGUAAAACCCACCUGCCCACCCCGCCUUCCUCCCUCGCUACUCCCUGGCCUUCGGCUCCACAAACCCACGGGCUCCCUCCAGGCCUGACCUGCCCUGCCCUCUUGGCAGGAUGCUGCCGUACGGCUGCCUGUCCAUCGGGGACUGCGUGGGGCUCAUCGAAGUGGUGAAGAGUUCCUACACCAUCAUGCAGAUCCAGUGCAAGGGCGGCCUGAAGGGGGCGCUGCAGUUCAACAGCAACGCCUUGCACCACUGGCUGAAGGAGAAGAACAAGGGUGAAGGGUACGACGCGGCCAUCGACCUCUUUACGCGCUCUUGCGCCGGGUAUUCCUGCGUUCCUGCGAGCACAUUUUAGGAUUA